ACAGAAACCAAGCCCACCAGCUGUUUACAUCGCUUUAUCUCCCUCGCACGCUUUUCGCUGCUGUGAGUUUCUUUUUUUUUUAUUACAAAAAAAUUGUUUAAAUAAGUUUGCAGAUAUAUGUGCAUAAUGGCGGUGUAAUAGAAUCGCCAUUGUAAACAAAACAAUAAAGGGGCGGGAAGUGCAACAUAAACAUUUGCCGAUUCCAUUUUGCAACAUGAGAAUGACCAAUCAGCGAGGCAACAACAACAACAUGGCGCACCUGCAACAAAAAACUUCAUGUUGACGUCAACAAAGUGAAAUUCGAUCAAAGAAUCGAACCGAUAAAGCACGCGCCCAAAGAGGAGCUCGAUAAACGGAUAGCCGGUUGAAGAGGACGCGUCGUGGAGGAGGAUCAUCACCAGCAGCCCGACCACAGGAUCAAGAUGUACUCCGAAUGGGCCUCGCUGUCCGCCCAAAUUACGGCCAACAGCUGCGGCGCCCAGUGCUUCAGUGUCCUGAACAAGUUUCCCGCCUCCGCAGGACGCGAAGUGGUCGUCUCCGUGGUCAAGCAGCUGGGCAACAACCUGGGCAUCACCCAGAACGCGGAGCCCAGUCAUCUGGUCAAGGACGAGGAGGUAAAAUGGUGCAUGGACGUAAUCUGCUUUGGUCUUUCGCUGCCGCUGCAGGAACACGAGACAAUCAAGGACUGCGUGAAUGUGUACUGUGAAUGGCUGACGGCGCUGCAUCCGCAACCCAGGAUCAGUGUCCCGAAGCCGAUCUGCGAGGAUGCCAACCUCUAUGCCCGCCAAAUCAUCAACCACUUCCACAACCUGUUUGUGCCGCGUCAGGGCGAAAUCUUGCCAUUUCUAUACCAAACCACGCUUGGUGCAGACACCAUUAAGCGGCAGGCAGUGCUCUGCCAUCGGGUGCUGCGAACUCUUCAACAAACAGCCCAGAUAUCGCAGCUGAUGGACCGACAGACUUGGGACACCCUGCUUCUUUUCCUGUUGGCUAUCAAUGAGAUUUUGCUGGCUCCGCCCACAGUCAAGGACGACGUAGGCGAUCAGCUAUGCGAACGGGUACUCUCCGUGCUCUUCGAGGUCUGGCUUUUGGCCUGCGUGCGAAGCUUCCCCUCACCGUCGAUGUGGAAGACUCUCCAAGAAUCCUGCGCCAUGUGGCGACACCGAGUGGCUCUCGUGGAUCAGUGGAAUCGAGUGAAUCUGGCCCUAACCGCUCGCCUCUUGGAGUUCAGCUAUGGACCCGCUUUUCCCCAACUCAAAAACGCCGACGAAGAUGGCCAGCUAAUACCCAUUGGCAUGUCCAACGACUGUGUGGCGCAGACGUGGUACCGCUUUCUGCGUAUGAUUGGCAAUCCCACGGCCCUCUGCUCACCACAUAUCAUCAGCAAAUCAUCACACUUCGUGCAGUGGGCAUUGACCCACGAAAAGGGCGCCGAGACGCAUCAGCAUCCGUGUCUGCAGCAGCUGCCGCAGAUCUUCCUUAAUGCCAUGAAGGGCAUCUCCAGUCAAGUGGACGCGUUUCUAGGCGUUUAUCAGCCGCCGCCGCAGCAAUCGGAGGGCGUGGUGACGAACCUGCUGGAGAUCCGGCAUUCGCUCAACGAGGCCACCUCCACGACCCUGCAGCAGUUCAUCCACUCGAGCAGCGCCACAAACAUAGCGAAUCACCACCAGCAGAAUCAGGCCAGCCAUCACCACCAUCAUCUGCACUACCCGCAUUUGCAUUUACAUGGCGCCGGUAGCUUUCUGCGCGACAAUUUCAUGAGCAACUCGGCCAGUUCCGCCCUGAACGCCAUUAUGGGUCACCAUGGCGGCCAUCACCACCAUCAGCAGCAGCAGCAGCAUCAUCAUCAGCAGCAGCAGCAGCUACAGAUCAGUGCCUCGCCCACCAGUAAUCUUUCGGCCUCUGGUGGCUCCGCCGUGGGCAGCACCAGUGCCGGAGGCAGUCACUCCGCCGGAGUCGUUGGCAGCAUCUCCUUUGCCACCACCGAAUCGUCCGGAAUGGGACAGCCCGCCUCUGCCACGCCCACACCGCCACUGCAGCGACGUCUGGCCAAGAGCUUCAGCGUGGCCCCGACCAUCACACAGCAGAAGGGCUUGAGCAAGACCUCGCUUAUUGGCCUCACCGGCGGCGGUGCACGCAAUGCGAUCGGCAGCAGCAGCACCACCACCAACACCACUUCCAGCACCACCGCCGCCGGCAGCACCGGCGGUAUCUCCUCCUCGUCGCCCGCCAUUGGUGGCUCUGGCGGCGGAGCGGGAUUGCCCGGCGGCACGGGAAUCCCCGGCAGCACGGGCUUGGGCGCGGGCAGCGGAUCCGGUCCUGCUCCGGCGCCCACCACUCCCACGUCCACGUCGGGUCCGCCGUCGGCGAGCAGCAGCAUCAACUCUCUGCCGCUGACUUCGAUGGGAGCGGGCGUUGAGUUGGCCGUGGCCAGGCCCAAGUGCAACAGCAUUCUCCACGUAUUCCACGAGUGGCUCUUCGAGGCGGCGCACAUCGGAGGCGACACUUGGCGCCAGAACCGCAAGAAGCAAGCAUGCGAGGCCAGUAAGCGGCCGUCGUCGAUGAUCAUGGAGCACCGCAAGGGAUCCAUUUCGCUGUCGCAGCCCAAUUCCCUGAACGAUCCGCAGUCGCUGCCGCCGACGUUGACCAUCGACAAGUACGAAUCGGGAAGGGCCGAGGCCAUUGGGACGCUGUGCAAGAUCUUCUGUGCCAAGAAGACGGGCGAGGAGAUUCUGCCCGUGUAUCUGGCACGCUUCUACAUGGCCCUGCAGCAGUGCCUGAAGAUCACGGAGUCGCGGGAGUGCGACGAGACACUGGCCAGCAUCCUGCUGCACUCGAGCGACCUCUUCCGCUUGGACCUGGACGGCAUCAAUGUGCUGCUGCCGGGCUUCAUUGCCGCCCUGGAGAUUGUCCUCCCAGAUAAGGACCUUAAGCUGAAGACCCAGUCGAUGGUCUUUAAUCGCACCGAGCUGCGGCGCUCGGCCAUCAACAUACUGCUGUCCAUCAUGGUGCUACCACUGCACUACCAAACGCUGCCCAUUAGGGAUCUCACCAGCGAAACAAGCGAGAAAAUGUUCACCUUUAUCCAACUAAAGUCGCGGCUGAUGAACAUCCUGAUGAACGCGCUGCAGGUGGAAACGGAUGCCCAGAACACGCACAUGCUACUGGGCGGCCUGCUGCUCUGCGUCCAGGAUGCCGUCACUUUCGAGGAGACGGAACUGGGCGGCGGUAAUGCCAAUCUUUCGCACAACUCCAGUGGCGUCCAGCACCACGAGCCCAAUCUGCUGAGUUCCGCGUGCUCGGAGCGUUCCGCUUCGCUGGUCAGCGCCGGCACGGCCAGCUUGGGCGGCCAGACGACGGCCACAAUGGGAGCGGGAUCGGGCUCCAUGCGCGACACCGCCUCCGCCCACGAUUAUCCCAGCCUGACCAUUUCCGAUGACAUGUCAUUCGAGUUUGGCCAGGAGCUGGAGGGCGUGACCACCUAUGAUAAUGCCCAUGCCUUAUUUGUACGCGCCACUUAUUUGGUGUGUCAUCGUCUGAUUUCGUCGUGGAAGACGGAUCUGAAUGUUUCGCUGGCCGCCUUGGAGUUGCUGUCGGGUUUGGCCAGACUGCAUAUCCGGGAAACAGACACCUUAGUGAAAAUAUACGAAGCUAGUCAGAAUCUAACGAUAAUCUCCUCAGACGCUCUAGAGUGCAAGCGGGCCGUGAAGUGGAUCUGUGACUAUAUCUGCUACCAGUGCUCCCGUCCACCGCCGGCCCAUAGCAAGGAUCUGCACAGCACCAUUGUGGCGGCCUUCCAGUGCACAGCCGCCUGGCUGAUGCAGCAUCCGUAUUUGCUGCAGGACAAGGAUUGCCUGCAAACGGUCCUCGAGGUGGUGGAGCUGGGCAUAUCGGGCACCAAGAGCCAGAGCAAGGGCACCGACAUACCCAAGUUCAAGGACGAAAAGGAGCUGAAGCCGGCCUCGAUGAGAGUGCGAGAUGCGGCAGAGAAUCUGCUGACCAUUAUACUGGAGCAAGUGGGCUAUUUCCCCAGCGAGUGCGGUCCGGAGUCCAUAUCAUCGCUGCUCGAUGAGCUUGCGCUGAUGAAGCACUGCAAUUCCAUGGUUCCGGCGGCGGCGGCCAGCAGCGAACAGGCGAUUGCCAAGUUCAAGUACUUUGUCACCGAAAACUCCACCAUACUGGCACUCCUCGAGGAGCCGCUGGGCAAUGACCAGGAUCCCCAGCCAACGGUGACAUUACUCAUUCGCGGCCCGUUCGGUCGACAUGCCUGGACAAUGCAGCUGCGCCAUCUGCCGCGCAGUAAAUCUGGGAUUAAAUACCAUGCCGUUAAUCCUGGCAGACCCAUACCCAUGAACGAUGUCACACAGCGGCCGGAGUGCGAGCAAAAGAACUUCCCAGACGGUGUGGACAAGGUGCAGCCCUGUGUGGCGGACUACUCGAUACCCACUAUCGAGCAAAUGCGCGAGCAAUACGGCACGGCGAGCAUUCAGGAGCUGGAGUCGAUGCUGGAGAAGCAGAGCAUCUAUGAGAAGCUGGCCUGGGCGGAGGCGGACACCAGUGCGGACAGUUUGUCGUAUGCGCAGGAAUGCGUGCCGCCGGCGGUGUGCCACGAGUUCCAUGCGGCGCGUCUCUUCCUCUCGCACUUCGGUUUCCUCGGAUUCGAGACGCGCAAUCCGCACAAUCCGGCCGAGGCGCUGGGCAAUCCGCCACAGCGGCCGCUCAUCGUGUUGGACACCAAGUCCACGGCCUUCGCCGCCGAUCUGGAUCGACUGGACAAGCUGAGUGCAAGGACUCACGAUACCGUCUAUGUGUUCUACGUGAAGUCUGGUCAGACGAGUGCCCAGCAAAUCAUCGCGAAUAUGGCAGAGGAGCAGUCCGCUGGCCAUGAUCCGCACUUUGCCAGCAUGUUGCAGACGUUGGGCUGGCCUGUUCAGGUCUCGGAGCACUCCGGCUGGACGGGCUUUGCCCACAACUCGUGGUCACUCAAGGGAACGCCCGAGGAACAGCAGAAGUCCACAGGCAAUGAACUCAACUACAAUGGCUCGCAGAGGGUGCUCUACUGGGCGGAUGUGUCCUCGGAAAUCGCCUUCGUGGUGCCCACAACGUGGAAUCUGCGGCACAAUAGCGACACCAGCGAUGGCGGAAGUAUCUCGAGCACGGAUCAGAUUGGCUCCAGCAAUGUAUGGGCACGCGGCGAGGUCGAUGGCGUGACUGGUUUGGCGAAGUCCAAGUCAAGGAAUCUCAGUCUAGAGCUGGACACGAAUCGCAGGGAUGCAAAGGAGCCAGUGCCGCCGACGCGGCGAAAGGGAAAUGUGACGAAGCCCACCCUGCUGGCCCAGGCGCCGGCCAAGAUCUUUCUGGUGUGGCUGGAGAGCUACGAGGACUACCUGAACUUUCCGCUGGAGGAUGUGCUGGCCUAUACGCGCACCGGCGAGGAGCUGCACACGCUGCAACUGCCCCGUGCCUCCGACUGCCACGUGAUCUUCGUGCACUCGCUGCUGUCCGGACUGCUGAGGGUCAAGCUGCAGGGUCCGCCGGGUAGGAUGAGCUUCGCCACGCCCCUCGUCGAUGGCAUGGUGCUCAGCCGACGUGUCGUCGGCAAUCUGGUGCGACAGACGGCACUGAACAUAUCACGCCGCCGGCGUCUGGACAAUGAUAACUACCAACCGCCGCAUGUGCGACGACGGCUAAAGGUGCAGGACAUUGUCCAGAAGUACAAAAUGGAUCUAAGCGAGGCCGAGCUGCUGGCCCAUCUGUUCCAACGUGCAAUUUAGCCGGCUUUAGGAAGUAUUAUUAACCCGCUUGGCAAAGCGUCCAUGUCCUUGUCUGUAUUAACGUGUGCUUAACUAAAACCCCACAAAACUGAUUAGUAUUGGGUGUCCACUGAGUGUUACCCGAAAGUUAAUCGUAUUCUAAUUCUUAUUUUUUUGCUAAUAAAUCGAAUUAUACUUUGUAAAAGUAUUUGUAAUAUUAUAA